UACUAUAUGGUGAGAGCUAAAUAGUACAAAGCUCUAGUUGGAAACUUAUUCAUCAAAUUGAACAUCCUACCCAAAGUAGCAAUACAUAUGAACUUAAUUUACAUAUUUCAUAACUCAGACAAUGAAUAACUAAGUUUAUAUAACUCAAAUCUAACUUAAGCAUCAGAAGAAUCAUGUGUUACAUGUGUUAGACAAGCACUAUCCUAGUAUGGGAAUGAACAACGCACAUACUCGAUCUAAAUGAACACAAAGAACAAGAGAGAGAAAAUGCAAGGAAGAAUAUUGGCUAGAGGUUUAUAUUGAUAAUUUCAAGUAUGUACCGUAAAAGAGAAUACAGAAACUACAUUUUCAAAGUACUCCCCAAGGGUAUAUAUAUGGUUUAGCUCAUUAUAUGUAACUUUACCAGAUAUAACAUCUACUAUAUAUAAUCAUCGGAGCUCUGCCAGCUUUUUAAUAUAAAUAGUCGUCUACUAUAUAUUUUCGUUUACUGUAUAUGACUAUUUACCAUAUAUAGUUUUACUAUGCAUAACAAUUGAGUAAGUUAUAAAUAAGCAGCAGACUUCAUAACUCAACAAUGAUAUGAUCAAUAGACUUCAUAACCCAACAACGAUAUGAUCAAGUGAUUACCCACAAUAUGUAACUUUUCAUUCCUUUGCUAAAAUAUUCUUGUUUGAUAUAAGUGGAUUCUUGAAGCAUUUAUAAAAUGCAGAACAAACCAGAAACUAUCCAUGCCACAUCCAAUACUUAAAUGACACACAAUAUUUAAAGGACACGCUACUACUUUGAUGAAUUUUAUAUAAGGAUACAAAUGUUGGUGCGUUGAAAAAGAAUGUGCAUAUCACAUUUUGGUGAUGUCAUUUUAAAUAAUUCUGAUCUCUUUCCUUUUUUGUUUCCUUCCUAUAAAACAGUCCUCUUAUCCUAUGUUUUGUGCUUCCCUAUCAGCUCACAAUCUCCUUGUAAACCUCUUCAGACUGCUUAUAAUUUUGAGUAUGAAAAUCUCGGGAGCCCACUUUCCAGAUCCUGAAAAGUAUGGCAUGAUCCAAAACCUCAAUAUCAAUGAAUUAUUGUCUUAUAUUCCUCUUAACUCAGCCUCUACUACUGAUGAAGGUGAUGAUCAGAACCAGAAGACUAGGAUCAGCGUCGAUGAGAGGAGGCGGAGGAGAAUGAUAUCAAAUCGGGAAUCAGCAAGAAGGUCGCGGAUGAGGAAACGGAAGCAUCUUGAUGAACUUUGGUCACUGGUGGUUCGGCUUCGGACAGAGAAUCAUAAUCUUAUGGAGAAGUUGAAUCAGUUAACGGAGUCUCAACAGCAGGUUAUUCAAGAGAAUGUCAAACUCAAAGAAGAAGCAAUGGAUUUUCGACAGAUGCUCACUGACUUUCAAAUGGGAAGUCCUUACUCAACUCACUUGAGAGAGAUGGAGUAAGCCCCCUGCAAUACCUUUGAUCUCAUAGCUGAAUCCUCUCAAGCCAAUCUAACAAGUAGAGAAGUUUCCUUCCCCUGUAUCACUAAGAUCGUAGCUAUUUUCUCACAUAGUUCUUCCAGUUUCUCUCUGUUUUGGCAUGGUUUUAAUAAGCCUUUAUCCUUUACUCAGCUGUAUAAAUUGAAGAAAUAAGAACUUUUAACCAAUAGACUUCCAAAAUCAGCGUCCAUAUCAAGAGACAUCACUUAAUAUUUGAACAUCUGAAUCAAAAUUAGUUGAGAAAACACCUUGGUUUUCCGGUGUUUUCUCUGGGGACUUUUAUCAAACACCAUGUGGGCAAAAACACAAAUCAACGUAACGGAACACCACCUAAUCAAAUUAAGCCAGAGUUUUGUAACAUGUGAAGUGAA